CGGGGUGCGGCCAUGGCGGCGGUGGGCCCGCGGUGGCCGGCGGCGUCGCGGCGGAGCUGAGGAUGAUCUCGCGAUACUCGCGGAAGCCGGUGCCUCCCGGCGCUCUGGAGACACAAGGACUUCCAAAACACACCUUGCGGCAUCACCCACUGCCAGAACCGGGAGCUGAGGGGCACCCAGCCACGCCCAGGGCUGAAAACCAUGGCAAGACCUCAAGGGAAUCUGAAAUACAGAAGGAAUCGGAUUACCCUUCUGUUACUCCAGCUGAUCAUGGGAAUUCAUGGUCUGCUAUUCAGGGUUGUGCUGACGCCUCCACCGAAGACAGCUCAGCCUUCUCUUGGGGCUACGAUGAAUUUGAUAAAGCUGCCACACAGCAAGUUGAACAGAUGCUGAGACAAAUUGAUGAGCUUCUCUAUGAGCAGAAAGAAAAUGAGCAGGUUGAGGAACUGCGGGAAGAAUGCCAGCAGUGGACAUCCAACUUUCCUCAUCUCAGGGUUGUGGGGAAGCAGAUUGUGAUCCCCACAGAUGAAGGGUACGGAUGGUAUUCAAGUUUACCUUCUGUCAGUUUAGGUUCCUCAGAUGCAAGUUCACCACCAGAAAAAGAUUCUAGUGAAUUUAGUGUUUCUGGCAAGAAGGUACCUCUUUCUGUUACUCCCAUUCACAAAAAGGCUGACCGUUCCAAGUCUCCGACCUUGUAUUCUCCAGAGAGUGAUGAAGGUGAAGAUGGAGUAAUUGUCUCUGAAGGCGUAAUGGAGGAAUAUUUAGCAUUUGACCACAGAGAUGUGGAGGAGGAGUUGCAUGAGAGGAGAAAGGGACUGUCCUCUGGUAGACAGAAACUGGGAUUUCCUCCUAUCUCUCCAUAUGCUUGUAUGAAGGAUUCUGUGCUUACAUUUGUGUUUGAUGAUGUGUGGAGUGAAGUCUUAAGCUGCAUGGAAGAAUUAAUCUGCAGACACUGGGAAGGGUCAGCCUCUGAUGAUGAGAAAAAUAUCAUAGCAGUAGAAACAAUCAGAGCAGAUGCUGGAAGUCCUUUGCAGUUUGAUCCUCUGCCAGUGUUACCUCGUGUGCCACAAACUAAAAUGCCCUCAGUGACAUCAAAUCUGGUAAAUCUCUCUCAAGGGUCAAGUACUGGCUCUCAACAUAAUCUAAAUGGAUUGAUGGUAAUUCAGGGGAUCCAGCUACAGCAAAGGAAUCUGCCUGUGAUGGAGAAAACGCUGGAUCUGGAUGACAAACAGCUGUGUUCCAGUUCCAUCCUCUCUAACAGAGUGUGGCCAAAUCGUCCAUUAGAGCUCAGCACAUCAUCCCCGUCACAUUCCACAAGAAGGCGAAACCCACUGCCACGUACCCUGCAUCCCAUCAACACAAGCCACUCUCGUACUGGGACCCCAGUGUCUGUGGAUAAUGUCUUCAAGGGAACUCAAUUUCUGACUGCACAUGAGCAGCUUACCUCACCCUCCCCACUGCUGCUAAACCGACAUAAUCUCCUACCACCUAUUAAUACCACCAGUAUGGCAGGUCAUGUGAGCACUGCAGGAUCCCAGAAGCAAACGAAAUCUCGAGGGAACUCAAGUCGAACUCACAGUAUAACAGCACAAGAAGAUACCCACCAACAGCUACAGGAGCGGCUUCUCUUACCUGAUAAUUUCUCCAAACCUAACACAACCAACACAUUCUUGCUAGAUCCACAGCGCCGUCAUUCUUACACUGUUACUGAUCACAGUAAUCAAUCUCGGACAAGCAGAGGAUCAGCAAGUUCAGGUCUUCAGCUGCAUGGGUCUGUGAAAGCCCGCAAGCGAAGUGGAUCAGUCACAAAAAGCAGACAGGGGUCUAACGUGCCAUGAAGCAUUCAUCCAUCUCCACAGAGUCAUGAACCACCUCUCAUUCUCAGCAAUGUCAACAUUGUUUACAGAGUUUUCAAACACCCUUCCUUUUGAAUAGUUAUUUUUAUAUAAAUCUAAGAAGCAGGUGCCAAAGAUUAGAAGGGGUAUACUUAAACAUUCCAUUUUCUACCAGUAGAAGAGUUAUACUCUGGUGGAAGGGUGAUCACACUCCAGUGGGCAGUAAAGCCUAACUCCUAGAAAAUCUAGCAAAUGCUCUCGGUCACUGCUGUUUUCCCAUUACAGGGUUGUGGCUGGUUCAUGUUGUUACAGGAAGGUUCUGCAGAACCUGUUGAUUUUUCUGUUAGCUCUGCAGAAAAUUAAUCAGGCCUUCCACAGCAAUAAUGAUCUAAACUUUUUAUAACUAUAUAACUGUAUUUUUAUGUUUAAAGCAAUAUUACACUAUCAAAAGCAAGCACUGCACAUGACACUGCUUCUACAAAUCAACUUAGACCUAAGUUAUGAAUCCUGUAGUAAUUGCAGCAAAUAUUAAUAUACAUGUAUAAAACUACGGUGGCAAACCAGAUGAACAAAACUGACAGGUUCAAGGGUAGCACACCACUGUCGUCUCCUGUGUUGUAUACUUACACCUCUUCCUCAGUGACUGAGGAACAUUUAAGAGGCAAUAGUCUUUUAGUACAAAUAGUUCUAGACAGUAUUCAAAGAAAUUACGUUAUCUUCCUGAUGGAAUAUUUUGCAGUAUUUUUACAGAAUAAGUCAGCCUCCCUUUCCAGAAACACCUGCAAUUAUACAAGAUUUCUGCACUGCACCCUGAAAUUCCACAACUCGCAGAUGCAACAUAGCUUUUAGUAGGAAUGUUCUGCACUGUGUGACAGGCAUACUGGAGGUAUUAGCUGUAGUUCCCCUUGUGGCCCCAAAUAAGACAAAAACAUGAAAUACAGGCUUCUCAAAAUAAGUGAUUAGUAAAAGGUUUUAGUCUCAAACAGUGAGCACCAGACUACAGGUAAAGUAUAAACACAAGGGGAAGAUAACCACUGACUGUAUUUUAACUAAGUUAGGGCUCUGCAUGAAAACAGCUGUUCCUUUAUAACCCACUUCAAAAGCACUUUUUCCUGAAUUUCCUUAUUACUAUGUUUCAAAUUAGAAUUCAUAUGGAAAAAAACUUGUCAGAGUUCUUUUUGAAGUGGUUCCCCUGUUUCCCCACUCUAAGUUAUGCAGUCUGUCAAAUGUUGUCAGUACCUGCAGAACUACUAGUAUUUUUUAAGCAGUAUUGAAAUUCUUGAGUCCAGCUGAUCCAAGCAUGCUCAAAUCAAAAAGAAGGGAAAAGAAAGGAAAGCAGAACUCUGCAAAUGUAAUUGGGUUAAUAUUCCUUUGCAUUUCUAGAAAGAAAAAAGCACACUGGGCUCAGUCUAAAUUUCUUAACUUUGCAUAGAGAGAAAUUGAUGCUAAAGAGAGGCCUCUAGUCAUUAAACCCUUUCAAAAUACAGUUUCUCUUAACAUAGUACAAUGUCAUUUAGUUAUCACAAGCUUAACUGCAGAUAAGCACCCUGUUUUUUAUCAGUGCCAUUCCUCAGGGACCAGGUUAGUUUUCUGUAGCCCUAGUGCAUAAGUUAUAAAAAUAUACACAUAAACUUGCAUAGAUUUAUAGUAAUAUAAUGUAGUAUUUUACAUCCUAGAGGAGUCAGUGUGUUAAAAAAGUGAAAGCAGUCUCAUAAUAAGGUGAUUAUUGAUUUCUGUACAAAUGGCUGACACCACAGACUUCUCCUGGGCUGUUAGAUGUCUAUUUUGUAUAGGAAAAGUAAUGUUCAAGUCCUAUGUUGUACAACAUAAUAUGCUGUACUCAGAAUAAUCCUUGCAAGAAGCCAAGUAAAAGAGAACAGAGUUAUCAUCUACCUCUAGCUUCCCCCCAGGAAGCUCUAUUAAAUAGUCAGUUCCUGAAUGCUACCACUGCAGCAAUGAGGACCUUCAACUCUAACAGGAAAUGUUCACCUUGUGGCUCAUAAGCCUUUGAAAAAUGAUCCACAAAAUAAAGCCAGUCCCAUUCCUUUUAACUGAAAACCAGUUACCUUUAAAAUUCAUACCCCUAUGCACUAUGUCAAAUGGCUUAAAAACAGAAGCAAAAAAACAUUAAAGUAUUUGUGCAUCUUACAGCAGUAAUUCACUCCUGAAAUAACCGAAGUGUUGACAAAAGCAAUGAAGUAGCUAAUCAGUACCAUCCUACAGCAAACUGGGUGGUGAUGCUAUUGAAAUAACAUGCAACACAUUUCUUAAGCUUUGGAAUUCCCUGUCACAGGACAUCAUAAACCCUAAAGAUACUCAGUUCUGUGUAUUUUUAAGUUUUUUUGCCUCAUCUCAGUGUUACAGAAUUACUGCAUGUUCCAGUCUCAUACUGUUAUUUAAUUUGCCACAAGCAAUCAAAGACCAAAUACUAGAUGGCCCUUUCAUCUAAUGCAGUCAUGUGCACUGACACAGUUAAUAAUAGAGCCAUAUUUUUUGGUGCUAUAGAAGUAUGUAGUAUUUACUUAAGUUAGUCAGGAGGGUCAACAUGAUCAGUUUGUUUUGAACAGCUAACUGGAGAAUGAAGAGCAGGCUGGGGAGGCAACAUAGCAAAGAAUUACGUAAAAAGUUUUCAUUUAUUAAAUCUGCAAUUUUCCAAAGUAUCUUUAUAAAACCCCUGGAAGAUCUAACAAACACUUGUUGAGCUGAAGUGCAAAGACCUUUAAAACCAGCAGGUUUACUACAAAAGGCAUGUGAGUAGCAAAAAUAUUUCCAACUUGGAAACCAUAAGAAAGCACUGAAGACUCAAAGGUGGGAUUACAUUAUUUUACCAUCAGCUGUACUGAUACCCUUAAGGUGACUGGAAGAAAGAAUCUUCAACACAAGUUUAAUAAACACACUGGCAGCCUAAACAUCACACUGCUUCCCUACUGUGUCAAAACUUUUAGUCAAGUAUCUGCUUGAUGUUAACCGAAGAGCACCCAGAGGAUUUUGGACAAUAGCACCACAACACUUUGCCUUUCUUAUUCAUAUGAUGUGUUCUGGAUCAUACCUUCCAGUCACAGCAGGUGGAUGCACAUGCUCUCCAAAACUGUAGCCCAGGUUAGCUCCGAAAUUCUCCCAAAUUUGUGUGUUCCCAUACAAAAUAAUACCUGAUAUUUCAGCCUAUACAGUUCUUUAUUUCUUUCCUUUCUUGGCUGCAGUCUUCUUUCCUCCUUUUUUAGUAUUAUUUGCAUAUUUUGCUUCCAGUUGGGCCAAAAAGUCAUCCAUUUCCUUUUUUCGAUCUUUAUUUCUGCUCUGGGGGAGGAAAAAACAAAACCAAACCACUUUUUACAUUUUUUUUUUACUACUUCCCAAUGCAGAUUUUCCUAUUGAAGUUAGAUGGCUACAUAAAAUCUUGGAAUAUAUUCAACAGGGAAUGCAAGCUACAGAAAGCACAGUACCACCAAGCAGAAGCCAACCUGAAUUCUCUAGGCAUCAUACCUAACUUCCUGAAUUACCGAGAGAGGAAGAGUGGCUGUAAAAUUCACAACAUAAGGCUAGGAAAAGCAAAGCAAUUUCUAGUUUAUACCCUAAACUCUAUUACAUUUUGAGGAAUGAUUUAGCAUAAACAUUCUAGGAAGGCCACUGAACAGUAAGAAAAUAAAACCAGAAAAUGUCCCAAAAUGCAGAACAUAAACAGUUUUUAUUCAUCCCUCAGACACAAUAGCAAAAUAGUGAGACCUAUCAACCCCUACACAUCCUUGUGGAGUCCAUCAGAAAGAAUCAUUGACACUCUCUGUGCAACUGCCUAAGGCCAGAAUUCAAAUACUCUGCUUGUGUAUGCAAUAAUAAUACUAGAAUAAGUGUUAAUUUUUAAAAAGAUAAUAAAACCCAUACAAUUCUCUGAUUAUUGAAGUACGUAGGCAGCUAACAUCAAGGUCAGGUUUUAACCUCAGGAACUCAAAACAGCUGCAAGGAUCCAAAACACAAAGACACUCAGGGAAAACAUGAUUUUAAGCCAGUAACAUAAUUAUGUUUAACAGACAGAAAAAAGCCUUACCUGAAUCAGCGCUUUCAAGUCAUCUUCUCCACCAAGGCCCAGCUCAUCUUUAGUCUUUUCUGCCUCUCUAGCUUCUUUUUCUGCCUAAAAUAGCAAACUAGGUUUUUUAAAAAGUCCUUUGCAUGUUAUUUGACAAAGUCUUACAGUAGUUACCAAAUGUUAUUUUUUUGCAUCUCCAUACAAAUAGCUGCAGGGAAACAUGAAGAGUUUCUAAGUUUCACCACAGAUGAGAAAUUAGUCCAAGAAAGCCCAUUCUGGCUCCGCAAUUUAGCCGAGCAAGACAGUUUUUUUGGUGUUUCACAAUGCUGAAUGUGAUGUCUAUCUGCACCCCUGUUCCCCCCACCCAGUUUUGAUUUGUCUUAGCAGCUAUUAUACUUUAACUGGUUACUGUGAUGUGUAUAGAACAUAUUCUACAAAUACCCAGGUAGCAGAUGGGGUCCACUUAGUCCUAAAUGUUAUUGCACACUUGCCUAAAGGCAAGCAUAAUGUUUCCCACCAUGUACACUUCUUAACUCUCGCAACUCAUGGCUUUGUAAAUAAAUGCAGGAAUAUGUUAAACUGUAAUAAGCCAUUGUGUAUAAUAAUGAAAUAAAAGUAAUAUGCAACAGCCUAUUACAA